UUUCGAGAAUAAGAAGGGUUAAUUUCCUCCGAUCUGUCAAAUCUUCACCAGGAUUCUCGUUUUCUCGAAUAUUUCACCGAUUUCACCCAAAAUGAGGGCUGUGCUUUUGAUUAUUGGCAUCGUUUUGAUCUCAAUUGGAUCUAUUAAAGGAGAACCAGUGGGUAUGGAGAUCAACAACAGCACCGAUUUUCCUACCCCCGAGGCUGUCUCUACAUUAGAACCAGCGGAAGGUAACGACACAACCACAACAGAAUUACCUACAACUACAACACCUACAACAACUACAACACCUGCAACAACUACAACAUCUACCACAACUACACCAUCAACGACUAUAUCGCCAACACCACCACCACCGCCACCAUCAACAACUGGAAAAACAACAACGGAAUCCCCUCACACGACCGUUCAACCACCGAAAGAACGGCACUUUGAUGGUGCUAGUUUCUUUGGUGGGAUUAUUUUGGCAGUUGGUUUGAUGGCUAUUGGUUUGGUGGUUUUGAAAUUUUAUAAGGCAAGGGCCGAAAGAAAUUAUCACACGUUGUAAUGCGAGUUUUAGAUUUUUCUUUCUGUUUUAAAAGGGAGAAAAUAAAAAAAAUUACUUUUUGAUAUAAGGAUCGUUUUUUAAAUGGGUUUCUUUUUUUAUUUGUGAUAUUUCUAAUGAAUAACGGUAAAACUUUAUGAUAAAGAUCUUUAUUGUACAAGUUUAUAAACGGUUCUGAGUGUGCACAAGUUUUUGAAUUAAUUUAACAUCGAAAUUGAACGAAAAGAUGAAUGCAGUUGAUCUGAAUCAAAAUAAUAAUAAUGACAAUUUAAGUUUAUCUUAUUAUCUUAGUUUUUUUUUUCUUUUUAUUGAUGUGCUGUGAAGUGUUUAGUUUGUUUCUUUUUUCUUGUUUUCUUUUAUUCGAAAAAGACGUAACAAUUUUCUGUCCAUUGAUAAGUGCUCUUAGUAGGUAGAUUAAAAAAAAAUAAAAAUAAAACUGCUACUGUAUUAGAAAUGAUUAAAAUAAAUAUAUACACGUUAAAAAAAUAAAAAAUAGCAUAGUUUCAAAAAAAAGGUUAUCAGUGGAAUUAUAAAGGAGAAAAUAAUUAUUAAAUUUAGAUUUAUUAGGGGUUAAUAACUAAAUGAUAACAAAUUAAAUUUUAUAUUUGAUGAAAAAAUGUUUCUAGAAAUAUAACGAAAUAACUUUCAUGUUUAAAAUUAGUUUAUAAAUUUAGUUUUUGUUUUUUGUUCGUUGGUUGGUUUAUUAAAAAUUAAAAUCUCUUUUGGUGAUCUGAUUUUUGCAAUGCUUUUUCUUAAAUAUUAUAUUUAUAAAAAUAAAAACUAUAAAAAAAAUAUAUUUAGAAAUUAAAUACUCUUAUAAAGUUAUAAACGUCCUUCUGUACUUCUAUGUCUAUUCUAGCACCUAUUGUAUAACUUACUUACCAUUAGAUUACUCUGUAUAUUCAAAUAAAAAACGUUAAUAAAUAAUUUAUUUUCAA